UGGAACAAUAAUGCUGAUAUUGCCACUAAAAAUUAGCUGGCAUUAUCUGUUAAAAUUGAUCAUAUGCAUUUCUCAUGACCCAUGAAUCUACUCCUAGUUAUAUACACAUCAGAAAUGAGUACAUGUAUCUGUCAAAAUUGUUCUGUGAGACUGUUUGCAGCAGCAUUAUUCCCAGUAGCCUCGAAGGGGAACAACGCAAAUGCCCUUCAACAGUGGAAUGCAUAAAUUGUGCCAUACUCAUAAAAAGGAAUAAUACACAACAGUGUAAAUGAAGAAAUUAUUACCAUAGAAACUAUGGAUGAACCUCACAAAUAUAAUGUGAAUUUGAAUAGAGCCAGACAGAAAAGAAUACAUACUAUAUGAUUCCAAAGAUUCAACAGGCAAAAUGAAUCUGCAGUAUGUGCUGGCUAAUGACUGGAGGGGUAAUGAGGUGCUGAUCUGUGCAGUGUGCUAGCAUUCUAUUUUUUGACCUGGAUGGGUUUUGCGUAGGUAUGUUCAACUUGUGAUAAUUACCAGCAGAGGGGAGAGUAUGCACACAAUUCUUCAGGAUGAGAUUGGUGACAUGUAGAGAAAAGGGAGAAAUGACUGUAGUUUAAAAAAAAGUCAAUUCCCUCCUCCCCACUUCUCCAGCUCUCCAUUUCCUAGGAAGAGAGUCCAGGGAAAAGCAAACCAAGAAACAAAUUCCAGCUCAAACUCAAACCCUCAAACAGAUCUGGAGACUCAAAUAUCCAUCUCUCUGGGCGAAAGGCAUUCCUAGAUUUGUCCAAGGUACAAAAACUACCACUCUAACCACGUUUCUUCGCUGCCCGGGGUCAGAGAAGUAAAAACCAAUUAUUUAUUUAUUCAUUUAUUUAUUUUUAAGUUACUUCCAACCUCGCUGCCUCGAGCUUCUGAAUCACCUGGGCAACCUGGAAGCCGCCCAUCUAAGGGGGUGAGGUCGAAUCCCAGUCUUGACGCCUUAGCAACCGAGCGAGCCUUUCUCGUGUCCCAGCAACGCGCCCGGCCCUUUCCUCUGCCCGGCCCUUCCCUCUGCCCGGCCUAUUCUCCCUGGUGCCCCUCCCUUCCUCGAGGCUGCAUCUCAUCCCUCCUUGGGUCUCUCGUUGGUCCGGAGGGCGCGGGUCUGCAUACUCUCACUCGGUGCCGGACAGCGCAGUUCCUGCGGCUCUUGCUGUGGGAGCUGCCCGACAGCCAGAGCAGUGGGGAGGGACGGCGAAAAACAAUGUUUAAGUUUAUUUAAGAAAGAAGAAAAAGAGUCAAAAAAUUCAAGAUUUUCGUCACUCUUAUUUUUAAGGCACAUCCAAAGCUCCUUGGAGAAGGGGCUGGAGAGUGGGAAAAUCAUUUUUGUGCACAUUCCAUGUAAGAAAGAAGAGACCCAUCGAAGAUUCAGUACGGAGUCAUCUGGAAAUUGGAGAUGUUGGAUACGAUCGCCCGUGCCCUGCAGGACCUGGGCAGGCAGGUGCUGCCCACUCUGCCCUCGCUGAGCCAGGAGGAAGUCUCUAUUAUCUGGGGGAAUGUAUCAGAAUUUGUGGGACGGCAGUUAACCCUGCACAAGGGGGUUCAGAUUCCAGGAUUUGGAACUUUCACUUUCAUAAGACAAAAGCUCGAGGUGGGAAACAACAAAUUUAUCUUAAUCCAGAGGCCUGUGUUUAUCAUGGCGGAGAAGCUAGUGCAGAUCCAUGGACUCAAACAAAACAAAGUAUACACUCCUGGUGAUAUCCCAAUUGUUCCACUUAAUUUUGUCAUGAUAUCCCUGGAGGGUCCAUUUAACAGAGAUGUGGUGGAAGGAUGUGUGAAGGAGACGUUGCUUUUUUUAUCGCAAUCCAUUUCCAUGAAACAAAAUGUGGAGUUUACAUUCAAAGGAAUUGGGGUCCUCAUGAUCAGAGACAGCAAAGUGAAGAUGAGGUUUUAUAAAGACUUCCUUUGUACCAUGGAUGGAAGUGGGGCUUUGGCAAAGGCCCUAGCAAAUAGGCCUGGCACUGUGGACUCGGUGUUGUCUAGCACAGAGGCCUUAAGGAAGUGGCCCAGCAGUGUGCUUGCGUUUCCAAGGAUUGAGCUCAAGGAGAUGGAAAACAAACUGCCUAUGGAGACCCUUGUAGAAGAAUGUGGAGAGAAUAGAGAAAGGAAGUGCAAGUUAAAAGACCAGUCAGACAAAGAAGAAGGCACCAGAGAUAUCUCAUCACCCAAAAGACUUCGAGACAGACAAGCUUUGUUCCCUGCCAAAGUGACAAAUGUCAGCUUGCUGGAAAAGUUUGACCAAAGUGAGAGUGGUGGGAAGAUUAUGACCCCUGAAAGCUUAUCAUCUCCAAGUUGUCUGAAACAUGACAGUGAGAUGAAGCCCCAAACAUCUCCAGCUUGCCAGGAUCACAAUAAGGCAGGACAGAUGAAAAGUCUGGCUACUAGAGAACAGAAUCAGAAAAAUGCUGCCUAUAAUCUUGGAGUUGCUGAAGCUAUAAGAAGCCACAAGAAUGAGAAACCGGAAUUUUAUAAAUCCUUCCUAUUUGACAAACGGCCACUCAGUCCUGCGCUUAAUGCUCUUAAGCAAGAGGAGUAUUCCUGGAGUCUCCUGAAACAAAUGGAUAACAGACAGGAAAACGAAAUAAAGCAAAGACAAUACAGAGAGUUGAUGGACCGCCUGGAACAAGUGCAACUCACAGAGGAACUUGCUGCGCAAAGAGCGAAAUUUUUAAAAGAUAAGAUGGAAGAAACACAGUGUUACAAGAGAGCUUUGGAUGCACAGAUAAAGAACAAACCCUCCCGGCUGCCCCGCUUUGAGCCAGACUCCUCCGAGCCCAUCUUUGGUAAGAAUGAGGGUGAACUGAUGGUGGAAAAGCAAAAGCGAGAACAAAAUUACAUGAAACACCAGCUGGAGGCAGCUGCUAACCACAAGAGGAAAGCCAUCCUGCAUCAACUAGUGGACCAGAGGCGGGAUUUGCAAAUGCUUCAGAGGACACAAAGAGAGCACUUGGCAGACAGAACCACUGAGCUGGAGCGAGUAAAUAGAGUCAACCAAUGCUUACAGGAGGACUGGGAGAGGAGUGCUGCGAUGAAGAAGCAGCGAGACCUGGAGGAGAAGGCUUUUGAACGGGCUUCAGACAAGCUGUUUCUCCUCGACCAGUGUGAGAAGUAUCGGCGCUGCAAGCAAUGCCAGAGGCGCACCUCCAACGUGGGCGAGAGCAACCUGUGGCCCCUGAACAAGUUCCUGCCUGGCUCCCGGUUGCUUGUGUAAAACUCAAAGUUUGGCUCUGCGUUUCCUGGGGAAAGUUUUUAUCUUUUACAUGUUUGGGGGUGAUUGUGAAACUGCGUAUUUUUACCUCAGAGAAAAAAAUCAUUGUUCAGAUUUGGUGCUUUCAUUAGAUUGCUUGUUAAGCCCUUACUGAAUUCACUCCUGCUUUCCUCCCACCCCCCACUUAUUUCCUAUACUCAUCUCUGAUGGCAGUGAAGGUGUCUAAAUGGUCCUGAGGGCUAGAACCUGCGGCACAGGGGCUGGGAAUCGGACCCAGCUUCAUUAUGGCUGCUGGGGUGCUGCUGACCCAGCCCUGCUGCUGCUCCAUGACUUUGUGUACAAAACUUUUUUCGUCUGUAAUGAAUAGUGGCAAUAAUAAAUAUUUUCUAAGCGCC